AUGCCUGUCGACGAGGAUUUCGCCGACACCCAGGACCAGAUGGAGGCCCUGGCCAUCAAGGGCAAGAAUGGCGGUCGCAAGGGCGCUGGAUCAGAGCAACAGAAGCGCGAUCUUAACAUUAGCAAGGCACUCAGCAUGCUCCUGAGACACAAGGCUGAAGAGGCUGGAGUUGAGCUGGACAGUGAGGGCUUUGCCCGUCUCGACAAAGUUCUUCAAUGGUCACGAAUCAGAUCUCUGAAGCCUUCCUUUGCAGAGAUCAAGACUGCUGUUGCCGAUAAUGCUAAGCAGCGCUUCAGCAUGAAGCCCAUUGAUGGCUCAGAUGAUCCCGACUCCACCAACCCGGCAGACUGGCUCAUUCGUGCAAAUCAAGGACAUAGCAUCAAACUUGACAGCGAGGGUCUGCACACGCCCAUUACCUUGGAGGCCGGAAACAUUCCUGAUGUCGUCGUUCACGGCACCUACUUUGCCUUUUGGCCCCAGAUCGUCAACAGUGGCGGCCUGAAGAAGAUGGGUCGCACUCAUGUUCACUUUGGCACCGGUUUGCCCGAGGAUGGCAAUGGAAAUGGGCAGGUUCACGAUGCUGAAGAUGAGAACAAGGAGAACGCCGCCAAGAAGAAUGCAAAGUCCAAGGUCAUUAGCGGCAUGCGCAACGAUGCCGAAGUGCUCGUCUUUGUCGACGUUGCCAAGAGUCUCGAGGAUGGCGACAUGAAGUGGUGGUUGAGCUCAAACGGAGUCGUCCUUACCGAGGGAAAUGAGGAUGGUGUUGUGCCCAUGAAGUACGUCAAGGAGGCGCGUGGUCGCAGGCAGAAUGUCGGCCAGCUGUGGAAGGACGGCCAGAAGGUCGCCGACCUCUUGCCUUCUGUCGUGGCUAGAGUCCCGAUGGGCAAGAAGGGUCCCGCUGGACGUGGAGCUGCCAGAGCUAACCGCAAAGGCGGCGUCAAGAAGGUUGCAUAA